AAGAUUCUGUUUCUCCCCAUUUCCUGUAUUGAUUGUUUUUGUACAAUCAGAGGAAGUGGAUGCACUUAAAUGACUGAACGUUGAAGCUGAAUAUUAGUUUGGCUUCCCUGAAACCAGUCAUCUGAGCCUCAGGUCAGAACCCGACGCUGCUGCUUUUGGUCCAUUCGACUCUUACUGCUGGGUUUCGUGUCAGUCCAGUCUGUGGACAUGGCGACAGUCAGCUUGUUGCUGAGCCUCAUCCUCCUUCCAGGAGCUUUGGCUGUAUGUACUGAAAAAUCCAACCUCUUCAUCACUGCACCAAAGAUGAUGGAAGCACUGAAUGGAUCCUGUCUGAUUAUUCCAUGUAACUUUAGCUUUGAACCAAAAGAUCUGUUCAUCAGCACUGGAAACUUAUACGGAGUGUGGAUUAAAAAUGACUACAAUUUUGGAAAAUACCCAAACAAUGUGAUCUACAGCAGCAGUGGAACAGUAACAACCUACCCAAUGAAUAUCACUGGAAACCUGACACAGACAAACUGCACCACUCUGUUCUCUGAUCUGAUCACAACACACACAGACACGUACUACUUCAGGAUCGAUGGGUCGCAGAAGGCAACAGCUGUUUGUGAUCCUCUGCGGAUCAAUGUCAGAGAUGCUCCUGGAAGCCCCACACUUAACAUCUCAGGUGAUCUGAGGGAGAAUGUGUCUGUGACUAUAACCUGCUCAGCUUCCACUCCCUGUCCACACCUCCCUCCUAAACUCACCUGGAAUCUACAAGCAGAGCCUGACAACCACAGAGAGGAAAACACAGAUGGAACCUUCACUACUAAGAUCCAGAAGACCAUCACUCUGUCAGACAAACAUCAUGGACUCACCAUCAACUGUUCUGCCUCAUAUCCUGUGACUGAAGGCAUCAAGACAGCAAAGACUCAGCAGACUCUCAAUGUUUCAUAUGCCCCCAAGGACACCUCAGCCUCCAUCAGUCCAUCAGCUGUGGUGUCAGCAGGUACCUGGGUGAACCUGAGCUGCUCCAGCAGAGCCAGGCCUACUGUCAGCUGCUUCACCUGGUUCCAGAUCAGCAGUGAUGGAGCCAGGACCAACGUGUCUGAAGGAGCCUUCUACACAUUUAAUGCCACAGGUGGAGGAGUUUACUACUGCGUGGCCUCCAAUGGCCUGGGUGCCCAGGCAUCACCACAGAUUCAUCUGACUGUUACAUCUGUUGAAUCUGUUUUACUGUGGGAACCAGUAGUUGGAGGAAUCCUUGGGAUCAUUGCUCUGAUCUGUUUGAUUCUGUGUAUUUGGCGUUUGAAGUCAACACAAACUGUACAACAGACUCAGGUGUUUAAUGUCAACAUGUCAAUCUGCACAGACUCAGACCUUGACUCCAUGCAGAGUCCAGUCUCCGUCAGCAUCCCAGAUUCCUGGUCCUACUUUAAGUCCCUAUACUACAGACAAGGUUCCAGUCCUUCGGAAGGAGGAAGUAGAGGGCAUCCACUAUGGAGAGAUCGCCUUCAUAGAGCUCAGAGCGGACCCAGACUCGGAUCAGAGCCACAGACAGCAGCAGGACACGGUUUACGCACAGAUCCAGGUGUCCAACAGAGCCAGCAGCUCCGAGAACAUCUACCAUCAGCUAAAGGACAGCUGAAGCUGCUUCAGUGUCAUUUUGCCAGACUGGUUCAAAGCAGAGCCUCUGCUUUGCUUUAAUGAAUAUUUCCCUUGCUGCCUUUGAAGCCACCAGACUGUCUGAUGCUGAUGGACGUAUGAACGUCUGGGGGUUGACAGCGAGCAGAUCAGUCUGACUGCAGAGAAGAAGGAUCAGCUUCCUGCAGCAGCAUCAAAGUCAGGAACGUGUGAAACAGCAGCACAGCCUCAAACAACAACAAUGUCCACUUUCUUUAUCUACUGUAUGUUGUACAUGUUGUACUUUGGUUACAGUUAACUAAUACUACUUUACAGUAGUUUUACUGUUUUAUUAUUUUACAGUAGUAAUAAAUAGUAGUAUCAGAUUCAACCUACCUAAAGCUAAAGCCUAAAGUAUGAUAAUAAUAAACAUCCAGAACCAGAACCUCUGACACUGGUGUCUUUAGAAACCAGAACGACAGCAACAUACUGUGAAUCUGAAACUUCUUACUGAGGCAAGUUACAGGUUCCUUUAAGAAGUUGAAUGAGCCGCUACAUAAAGAAGAGACUCAGUGAAUCUGUUAAUGUGGUUCAGUAAACAGAUUAAGCACCUUCAUGUCAUAAAGUAUGUUCCACCAGUG